AUGGCCACCAUCUCAGUUUUAUACCAGGGCAGCACAGUGCUGCGUGCUGCUGUCCUAACCAGCCCUCGACUAUGCAUUCUGCCUACUACUGUAUAUUCAAACCGCAAUGUCCGCCAUCUUUCUUCCAGCAGCGAAUCUCCACGAUUCCUUUAUGAGACUGGCCGUCUAGACGGUGCGACAUGCAUGGUUACGGGUGCCUCUUCCGGCAUUGGCUUUGCGAUUGCCCAGCGUAUGCUUCAUGAGGGUGCUCGAAAAGUUACUCUGGUUGGGCGGAGCGAGGAGCGCUUGAAUCAUGCGCUGCGGCACUUGCAAAAAAGUGACAUUCAAACGAAUACCACAAAUGAGUCAAAAGUUGGAUUUGGACCUCCAGAUACAAAGUCGGAAACCAAGACGGUCUCUCCGAGUAGCCUUGAUACCAAAUCAGCAGGUGAAGCCUUGGAAAAGGCCAAACCUGAAAUGCUUCCAUCAAAAAAAGAUUCACCCGCAGCAUCUGAUACUAUGCCUACUAGUGAUCGGCUCUCUGUGCUAAUCGGAGAUGUUGGAAACCCAUCCUUUUGGUCAGAGAAGGGAAAUAUAGCUAUGGGUGACGUGGAUAUUCUUGUUAAUGCAGCAGGAGUGUCGUAUUCUUCAUUACUUCCGUUUGCCAAGGACGAUGCAAUUUCAGAAAUGCUCAACACAAACCUUCAGGGAACAAUAUUUGCUUGCCGCGCAAUGAUGAGUCGUGCGCUUCGUAGGCCAGUACCCAGCAGCGGCAAUUUAAGAUGUAUCGUCAAUAUUUCCUCGCUACAUGGCGUGAAAGGAGGUGUUGGAGCAGCGAUAUACGCUUCUACCAAGGCCGGUGUCAUCGCCCUAACUCGCGUAAUUGUGGCAGAAGCGUCUACCUCAAAGCAAGGGGCGAAGCUUCGUGCAAAUGUGAUCGUGCCUGGAUACAUAGAAACAAAAAUUCUCAAUGAACUAAGCGAACCCAUUCUGAACGAAUCAAAACAAAAGGUGCCUCUCAGGAGAUUCGGUACAGUCGAAGAAGUCGCCGAUGCGGCUAUGUUCCUAGUUACCAAUCAAUAUGCCAACAACUGCAUCCUGAAUCUUGAUGGUGGCCUGAGCGCACUGUAA